AUGAGUUUUAUUUUUUUUACCCUUUUGGUGGGGUUCUUAGUGAGUUUAAUUGGGGUAGCAUCAAAUCCGGCACCCUAUUUUGCAGCGUUGGGGUUAGUUUUUGGGGCAGGGAUUGGAUGUGGAAUUUUAAUUUGAUUAGGAAACUCUUUCCUAUCGUUGAUCUUAUUUUUAAUCUAUCUUGGGGGGAUAUUAGUUGUUUUUGGGUACUCUGCGGCUUUAGCUGCAGAGCCUUACCCAGGGGGGUGGGAAGACUGAUCGGUCUUGUUAUACAGCUUACUACUUUUAGGGGCUGGUGUUGGAAUUGGGUGAGCUGUGGUGGGGGGAUGGGAUGUAUUUGAUAGUGCAUCUUUUUUGGGGGGUACGAUUUUAGGGGAACUUAGUGGAGUGGGCGGAAUAUACUGAUGUGGUGGUUUUAUUCUUGUGCUGGUGGGGUGGUCGUUAUUAUUAGCAUUAUUUGUAGUACUUGAAGUAACUCGUGGGGGGGUUCGAGGGGCAAUACGUUCUAUUGAGUAG